AUGUCUGAAACUCUGCCCAGAUCUGAUGAUUUAGAGGCCACUUGGAACUUUAUAGAACCAGGAAUUAACCAAAUACUGGGCAAUGAAAAAAACCAAGCAUCAACGUCUAAGCGAGUUUACAAAAUACUUUCUCCAACCAUGUAUAUGGAAGUUUAUACCGCAAUUUAUAACUACUGCGUGAAUAAAUCGCGCUCGUCUGGACAUUUUAGUACUGACAGUAGAACAGGCCAAUCAACAAUUUUGGUUGGUAGUGAGAUUUACGAAAAAUUAAAGAACUAUUUGAAAAGUUACAUUUUGAAUUUCAAGAAAUCUGAUUCAGAGACUUUUUUGCAGUUUUACGUCAAGCGCUGGAAAAGAUUCACUAUUGGUGCUAUCUUUUUAAACCAUGCGUUCGAUUAUAUGAAUAGAUACUGGGUUCAAAAGGAGAGAAGUGAUGGCAAAAGACAUAUUUUUGAUGUAAACACUUUAUGCUUGAUGACAUGGAAAGAAGUUAUGUUUGAUCCAAAUAAAGAUACUUUGAUAAAUGAGUUAUUAGAACAAGUAACCUUGGAAAGGGAAGGACAAAUAAUUCAAAGAAGUAACAUUAGUACUGCCAUAAAAUCCUUAGUUGCACUAGGUAUCGAUCCGCAGGAUUUGAAAAAGUUAAAUCUUAAUGUUUAUAUCCAAGUUUUCGAAAAGCCAUUUUUAAAGAAGACACAGGAGUACUACACACAAUAUACAAACGACUAUUUAGAGAAACAUUCGGUAACUGAGUAUAUUUUCGAAGCACAUGAAAUUAUCAAACGUGAAGAAAAAGCAAUGACAAUAUAUUGGGAUGACCAUACUAAAAAACCACUAUCCAUGGCAUUAAACAAGGUUUUGAUCACGGACCAUAUUGAAAAGUUGGAGAAUGAGUUUGUCGUGCUUCUUGAUGCCAGAGAUAUUGAAAAAAUUACUUCUUUAUAUGCAUUAAUACGCAGAGACUUUACGUUAAUUCCAAGAAUGGCUUCAGUAUUUGAAAAUUAUGUUAAAAAGACAGGUGAGAAUGAAAUUUCAAGUCUAUUGGCAAUGCAUAAACAUAACAUUAUGAAAAACGAAAAUGCAAACCCUAAAAAACUAGCACUAAUGACUGCUCACUCUCUUUCUCCUAAGGACUAUAUUAAGAAAUUACUGGAAGUACACGAUAUAUUCUCUAACAUAUUCAAUGAAAGUUUCCCUGACGAUAUACCUUUAGCUAAAGCUUUGGACAACGCAUGCGGUGCUUUCAUUAACAUCAACGAGUUUGCAUUACCUACAGGAUCUCCAAAGAGUGCCACUUCAAAGACUUCAGAGAUGCUAGCUAAAUACAGUGAUAUACUAUUAAAGAAGGCCACCAAACCUGAAGUGGCAAGCGACAUGUCAGAUGAAGAUAUCAUAACGAUAUUCAAGUAUUUAACUGAUAAAGAUGCCUUCGAAACUCAUUAUAGAAGGCUUUUUGCCAAGCGUCUAAUUCAUGGCACCUCUACAUCAGCAGAAGACGAAGAAAAUAUAAUCCAAAGGUUGCAAGCCGCAAAUAGUAUGGAAUACACUGGCAAGAUAACUAAAAUGUUUCAAGAUAUUAGACUUUCCAAGAUUUUGGAGGAAGACUUUGCUGUCGCUCUGAAGAAUGAACCUGAUUAUUCUAAAUCAAAAUAUCCAGAUCUGCAACCAUUUGUAUUGGCAGAAAAUAUGUGGCCAUUUUCGUACCAAGAAGUCGAAUUCAAGCUACCCAAAGAAUUGACACCAUCUCAUGAAAAACUGAAGGAGUCAUACAGCCAAAAGCAUAAUGGCAGAAUAUUAAAGUGGCUAUGGCCAUUAUGUCGUGGCGAAUUGAAGGCAGAUAUUGGAAAGCCUGGCAGGAUGCCAUUCAAUUUUACAGUAACAUUGUUUCAAAUGGCAAUUUUACUAUUGUAUAACGAUGCUGAUGUAUUGACACUGGAAAAUAUUCAGGAGGGUACAAACUUAAGCAUUCAGCAUAUCGCAGCGGCAAUGGUACCAUUCAUCAAAUUCAAAUUGAUUCAACAGGUUCCACCAGGACUAGAUGCACUCGUGAAACCUGAAACACAAUUUAAGUUAUCACGCCCAUAUAAGGCACUUAAAACUAAUAUAAAUUUUGCUAGCGGAGUCAAAAACGAUAUCUUGCAAUCUCUAUCCGGCGGAGGACAUGAUAAUCACGGUAAUAAGGUAGGAAACAAACGCUUGACGGAAGACGAAAGAAUAGAAAAAGAAUUGAAUACAGAAAGACAAAUCUUUUUGGAGGCCUGUAUCGUAAGGAUAAUGAAAGCGAAGAGAAAUUUGCCACACACAACACUGGUCAACGAAUGUAUUGCGCAAUCGCACCAGAGGUUCAACGCAAAGGUUUCCAUGGUCAAGAGAGCCAUCGAUAGCUUAAUACAAAAGGGAUACCUACAGAGGGGAGACGAUGGUGAAUCCUAUGCUUACCUUGCCUAA